GUUGCUUCGUCCUUCCCCCGAGAGAUCCGGCGAUGAGUUUGCGAUUAUACCUUCGGCGCUACUCCGAGGUACGGUACAAAGAUCUGAAGCGUUAUUGAACAAGAGAACCGAUUCUCUCCAAGAACCAAAUUAAUUUUUUUCUUUCUUUCAAUCGAAUCCAUUCUUUUUUCUCGCUCUCCCUGUGAUUGAAGACUCCUCUACUUAGAACCAUGUCAACGCCUGAAUACCUCACAGGCAACAAGGAGGCCAUAAGGAAUUUCCUGGACAAAUUUGAUGUCUUUCUAUUCGACUGCGACGGAGUUUUAUGGUCCGGUGACCACCUCUUCCCCGGGGUACCUUCCACGCUCGACCUCUUGCGCAAGCAUGACAAACAAGUUGUGUUUGUGACCAACAAUUCCACAAAGUCGAGACAAGACUACAAAAAGAAAUUGGAAGGGAUGGGUAUCCCGGCGACGGCGGAGGAAGUCUUUGGCUCUUCUUACUCGGCGGCCGUUUACAUUUCGAGGAUCCUCCCAAAGCAGCACCCGGAUCUCCAGCAAAAGAAAAAGGUGUUCGUGGUGGGUGAGGCCGGGAUCGAGACGGAAUUGGACGCAGAGGGGGUACCUCACAUAGGAGGCACCGACCCGAAAUACAGGCGGGAAGUCACCCCGGAGGAUUACAAGCUACUCGCCGCGGGCGACCCUUCGGUGUUGGACCCUGACGUCGGGGUCGUGCUCAUGGGCCUGGAUUUCCACUUCAACUACCUCAAGAUGUGUUAUGCCUACCAUUACAUCAGACGGGGGGCUCUGUUCCUCGCCACGAACACCGACUCGACCCUUCCCUCGGCGGGCGCCCUUUUCCCGGGAGCCGGGUCCAUAUCGGCCCCCCUGGUCAAGAUGUUGGGUGAUCAGGAACCGGUGGCCUUUGGGAAACCGAGCCAGGCCAUGAUGGACGCCAUAGAGGGCAAGUUCAGGUUCGACAGGUCCAGGGCUUGCAUGGUGGGCGACCGGGCCAACACGGACAUCCGGUUCGGCCUCGAGGGGAACCUCGGGGGCACCUUGGGGGUGCUCACCGGCGUCGCAACCAAGGAGGAGUUUCUGGAGGGAGACACCCGUCCACACUUUUACGUCGACAAGCUGUCAGAUCUACUCGAGGGCAUACAAGAACAAUAAAAUAAAAGGUGGGAGAAAUCGUUAAGCGACGGCGUCGCGGGCUAGAGUCGGGUUCGGGUGCUUUUUUGGUGUCCUUGUUUGCGACGAUAGAUAUCCUUAUACAAAAGGGAGAGGAUGGAUAGACACAGGCAUACAUGUAUAGACACAAAAGACUUGGUUUUCUCUCUGUGGCAUUGCGUUGUGUAUGGCAUCAGCUUCGGUAUACAAAGUCCAUCACAACCAAAUUCGAAAU